AUGGAUCCAACAAUUGAUACAAGUUUCCUCCCGGAUAAGGACCGCGAAGCAGAAAUUGAAAGGAAGAAAAUCGAGCUAGCAGCAAUUUGGAAAGCACAGCAAGAGCGGGAGAAAAAUGAGGAAAUUACGGUAGCAUUUGCUUACUGGGAUGGCUCCAGUCACAGGAAGAAUCUCAAGGUUAAGAAGGGCCACACAAUUUCGCAAUUUCUCACGUGGGCAAUUGAGGUACUCAAGAAAGAAUUCACGGAACUCAAAACAAGCGUAGCAGAAAAUUUGAUGUUCGUCAAGGAAGACUUGAUUAUCCCGCAUUUUUAUACAUUCCAAGAUUUCAUUGUAACAAAGGCUAUGGGGAAAACUGGACCGCUUUAUGAGUUUGAUGCUGCAGGAGAUGUGCGGAUACGACAAGAUGCUGCCUUAGACUGUGGAGAAGCUCACCCAGCUAAGAUCUUGAAGGUGUGA